UGGGCGCCCGUAAACGCGAGGGGCGCGGUCCCCGCGGGUCCGACCAGCUUCCGCUCGCGAGUCCGGCGUCGUCGGUUCCCGGGCGCGUCUCGCACGUCGUCCAGGAACUAGAGGUGGUAUUCCACUACACAUGAGAAAACAUCGCAGACAUGGAAAACUUCAUUCUGUAUGAGGAGAUUGGCAGAGGAAGCAAGACUGUUGUCUACAAAGGGCGCCGGAAGGGAACAAUCAAUUUUGUAGCCAUUCUUUGUACCGAGAAGUGCAAAAGGCCUGAAAUAACGAACUGGGUCCGUCUCACCCAUGAAAUUAAACACAAGAAUAUCGUAACUUUUCACGAAUGGUACGAGACCAGCAACCACCUCUGGAUGGUCGUGGAGCUGUGCACAGGUGGUUCCUUAGAAACGGUUAUUGCUCAAGACGAGAACCUCCCCGAAGAUGUUGUCAGAGAGUUUGGGGUUGACCUGAUUAAGGGGUUGCAUCAUCUCCAUAAACUUGGCAUUGUUUUUUGUGACAUUUCUCCUGGGAAGAUACUCUUGGAAGGGCCUGGCACAUUGAAGUUUAGCAACUUUUGCUUGGCAAAAGUGGAAGGUGAAAAUCUGGAGGAAUUCUUUGCUUUGGUGGCAGCAGAAGAAGGAGGAGGUGAUAGUACAGACAACGUGCCCAAGAAGAUCAUGAAGAACAGAGUCAAAGGAUCUCCUGUAUAUACAGCACCAGAAAUCAUAAAGGGUGCCGACUUCUCCAUCGCCAGCGACCUCUGGUCUUUGGGCUGUUUGCUUUAUGAGAUGUUUUCAGGAAAACCUCCAUUCUUCUCAGAAACAGUUUCAGAAUUAGCUGAGAAGAUUUUAUAUGAAGAUCCUUUACCACCCAUCCCUAAAGAUUCUUCACUUCCCAAGGCAUCUUCAGAUUUUAUUAAUUUGCUUGAUGGGUUACUUCAGAAAAAUCCUCAGAAAAGGUUGACCUGGACAGGGCUGCUGCAGCAUUCCUUUUGGAAGGACACCCUCUUGAGAGAUGACCCAGAGUCAGGCAUGGAGGAUUUCGGCUUCAGCAGAAUGGAAUGUUCUGGACCACAGGAUUCCAGGGAGCUUUUGCAGAGCCCUCAGAACAGACAAGCAAAAGGACAGAGGGGUCAGCAGCUGAGUCAGUCUUUCAGACUAGAUAAUCCAACUGAGUUGCGGCCAAAGAGUACCAUGGGUGGUCAGCUGAAUGAGUCCAUAUUCCUCCUCAGCUCUCGACCGACGCCAAGAACGAGCACGGCAGUGGGGUUGAGUCCUGGGGAGGACGGGACUCAGAGCUCCCCGCAGAAGACGUCUCCUUUCCCCAAGCUGACAAGUGGGCAUCUGAGCCAGCAAGCCCUGGAGUCCCAGAUGAAAGAGCUGAUCUACACGGACUCAGAUCUUGUCGUCACUCCGAUCAUCGACAACCCGAAGAUAAUGAAGCAACCUCCAAUUAAAUUUGAUCCAAAAAUCUUGCAUCUACCAGCGCAUUCAGUGGACAAGCUGUCUGCUCUGAGGGACCAGGGCUGGAAUGAGUUCCUGCAGCAGGUGUGCUCACAGAUCGACUCUGCGGAGAAGGGCACCGCGGCCUCACGAGCCAAGCUCAGCCUCCUGGGCUACCUGUGCGUGGUGGCCUCCAACAAGGAGGUGGCCCCCAGACUCCUCCACUCCCCGCUGUUCCAGUUGCUCGUCCAGCAUCUGCGAAUAGCUCCAAACUGGGACAUACGGGCCAAGGUUGCUCGGGUGAUUGGUUUGCUGGCCUCGCAUACAACAGAGCUUCAGGACAAUGUACCUGUUGCUGAGGCAAUUGCUCUCUUAACAGAAUUAAUUAGGGAGAACUUCAGGAACAGUAAAUUAAAGCAGUGCCUUUUGCCAACCCUCGGGGAGCUGAUCUAUCUUGUGGCCACCCAGGAAGAAAAAAAAAAGAACCCGAGAGAAUGCUGGGCUGUUCCCUUGGCCACGUACACCGUGCUAAUGAGGUGCCUUCGGGAAGGGGAAGAGCGUGUGGUGAAUCACAUGGCGGCGAAGAUCGUGGAGAACGUCUGCAGCACGUCUUCGGCGCAGGCGCAGGGCUUCCUUACCGGCGAGGUGGGGCCCGCGCUGUGGUUUCUCUUCAGGCAUUCCAGCGUGGACUCUCUGAGGAUCACCGCCAUAUCGGCCUUGUGUAGAAUCACACGCCAGUCCCCUGCCGCCUUCCAGAAUGUUAUUGAGAAGGUGGGCCUGAACUCGGUCAUAAGUUCCCUGGCAUCUGCCACCUGCAAAGUCCAGCAGUGCGUGCUGACCUUGUUCGCGGCCAUGCUGUCCUGCGGGAUCCACCUCCAGAGGCUGAUCCAAGAAAAGGAUUUUGUGUCUACCGUUAUCCGUCUGCUUGACAGCCCAUUGGCUCCCUUUCGGGCGAAAGCCUUCCUGGUGCUUCUGUAUGUCCUCAUUCACAGCCGGGACAUGCUGCUGCUCAGCUGCCAGGCCAGGUUGGUGAUGUACAUCGAGAGAGACAGCAGGAAGACCACUCCGGGCAAGGAGCGGCAGAGUGGGAGUGAGUACCUGUCCCGAUGUCUGGAUCUUCUCAUCCGUCACAUCGUGCAGGAGCUGCCAUGCAUCCUGGGUGACAUUCUCAAUGCCUUGGCUAACGUGUCUGGUCGUAAGCACCCGUCCACGGUUCAAGGGAAGCAGCUGAAGAUGUGCCUGCCCAUGAUGUCUGUGGUGCUGCACCUGGUCACGUCACAGGUAUUUCGACCUCAAGUCGUGACAGAAGAGUUUCUUUUCAGUUAUGGAACUAUUCUUAGCCAUAUCAAGUCCAUAGACUCAGGAGAAACUAACAUAGAUGGAGCCAUAGGGAUGACGGCCUCUGAAGAGUUUAUCAAGGUCACGCUGUCGGCUUUUGAAGCAGUAAUCCAGUACCCGGUGUUGUUGAAAGACUUCCGCUCUACGAUCACUGAUUAUAUCCUGCCGCCCUUGGUGUCCUUGGUCCAAAGCCAAAAUGUGGAGUGGAGACUCUUCAGCUUGCGGUUGCUGUCCGAGACCACAUCUCUGCUGGUGCAGCAGGACGCUGGGGCCAGUGAUGAGAAGGCGGGCUGUGAUUCUGAAGGCAGCCUUCUGACUCUCAUCAGGGACGAGCUGCUACCCCAGUACGAGCACAUCCUUGCAGAGCCCGACCCGGUGCCCGCCUACGCUCUCAAACUUCUGGUUGCCAUGACGGAACACAACCCCACCUUUACCAGACUUGUGGAAGAGAGCAAACUGAUUCCACUUAUUUUUGAAGUAAUUCUGGAGCAUCAGGAGAGCAUUUUGGGAAACACCAUGCAGAGUGGGAUCGCAUUACUCAACAACCUGGUCACCUGCAAAGAGUCAAAUAUGACGCUGCUUUAUGAGCAAGGACUCGUCAGUCCCAUGUGUAACCUGUUCACUGAAACCGCCACCCUGUACUUGGAUGUGGACAAGAGGAACAACAACGAGAUGGCAGCCACCCUGCUGGUCUCCCUGCUUGACAUCCUGCACGCCAUGCUGAUGUACACAUCGAGCAUCGUCCGGCUGGCUCUGCAGGCCCAGAAGUCUGGCUCAAAUGGAGACACUCAGGCUGCAGAAGACCUGCUGCUGUUGAGUAAACCCCUGACGGACCUCACCAGCCUGCUCAUUCCCAUGCUUCCUAGCGAGGAUCCUGAAAUUUCUGAGGUUUCAUCCAAGUGUCUAUCCAUCCUGCUUCAACUGUAUGGAGGAGAAAAGCCAGACAGCCUGUCUCCUGAGAACCUGGAAGGCAUUGCUGAGCUACUGGCAGCCAAGGGGGACCCCAAGCAGCAGAGACUUCUGUUGAGAAUCCUCAGGAGACUGGUCACCUCCAGUGAGAAACACCUGGAGAGUCUCAAGCGGGCGGGCAGCCUUCUGCAGGCUCUGGAGCUGCUGGCUGUGGCGCACAGCUCACCUGUGGACAGUACGGUGGCAUCCUUGGCCCUGGAACUCCUCCAAGCAGUGAGGCGCUAGGCACAAAGGCCUUAGCACAAGUGCACUCAGUGGCACUCUGUCCGUGGUACAGAAAGGCCAGCUCCCCCCACCCCCGCAUAUGGAGCUAAUAAAGUCACCUGACCCCAACCCUGA